ACAGGAGUUCUCUUCUCUUCUCUUCUACACUACGACAGUGAGUGUGAGGCCAAGGAGAUGGAGGGGAAGAAUAGAGCAGCCACCAUUGCCGCCCUGUGCAUGCUCCUCCUCACGCUGCCAAAGCCAUCCCGUCAGCAGCCCUCCGGAGUCAACUGCAAGUGCUACCGGCGGUGCUACCCUGCGUGCAAGGAAAGGAUCCAGCCGUUGCCCUGCAAGGUCAAGUGUGCUGGUCGCUGCCCCGACGCCAUUGAUCGCCUUGCCUCCUGCUUGAUCGCCUGCGACAUGGACUCCAUCUGUGACCAGCCAGGGCCGUCAGUCGAUGUUGAGGUUUACAGGAAUGUCUGCCACGAUAUGUGGGUGGCGGGUGGCGCCAACUAACCUUGAAGGGCUGCGAGCAGGUCGGUCAUGGGAUCAUAAAAAUAUGAUGUCGAAUAGCUGUGGUUGCUGCAUCAGUCAAUAAAAUGUGCUUCGCUUUGGUGCAUCACUUGUGUGAAAAUUUGCCAAUCUUAAGAUUAUCGAUGCAUGUGCAAACCCUGCUUAUUUUGAUUCA